AUGGCGGAAAUGCUGCGACCAUCUAACGCAGUAUCCGAGGCCGGUGUAAGCACUCUGACAGAUAUUCUGACUUCGUCCAGCUCGACGUUGUCCCCGUCGCGAGACGUAACUUCCUACCUGACACACCUGACUGACCUCCCACUUUCUGAAUUGGAGUGCGAGCCCACCGUUCUCUCGUCCUCAUCCGCGCAAUUGACCAAUGCCUUGACCACGUUGUGCCACACUUCAUAUCCCACCUUCCUGUCGCUGCGCUCCUCCACUUCUACGCUUUCCUCGUCUCUGUCGUCACUUUCCUCCUCGCUAGAAGCGCUGAUCUCGUCCCUACCGUCUCUUGAAUCGUCUGUGCGCUCGUUUACAUUUGGGACGCGUGAAAUCCAGAAGGAGCGUCGAAAAGCCGCGCUGGUACUCGAGCAUCACGAUAAGCUCUAUGAUGUCCUGUCUCUUCCUGUGCUACUCGAUUCGUGUGUCCGCAACCACAAUUACACAGAAGCAUUGCUGCUAGCCAACCAUUCCACCAAUCUCGCAGCACGCUUCCCAUCCAACCCGCUCGUCCAAUCUGUCAAGGCCGAGUGCGAUGCGCGCGUUCAGGCCAUGCUCGGACAGUUACUGCGUAUGCUGAGCGAGCAGGCAAAGCUACCCGCACUCUUCAGGGCCGUCGGAUUUCUGCGCAAAAUGGAGGUCCUCGAGGAGGAAGAGUUGGCUUUGGCGUUCUUGACAGGCCGAGCCACGUACCUGGAGGGCAUCCUGCAGACAGUGGAGGUCCAGAAGUACGACAAGGAAGCUUGCGCCAGGUAUCUGAAGCGGUACGUGGACCUCUGGCGCGAAUGCGUGUAUGAUGUCGUCACGCAGUAUACCACUAUCUUCCUUGACCGCGCGCCAUCCACAUCAACGUCUACCACGACGCACCUACAUUCAUUACUGACGACGUUUGCGUCGCUGCGCCUGCAAACUUUACUAUCUCUACUCCAGGAGACGCUCCCAGUAAUUGCCGACCCAUCACUGCUUACCUCCCUCCUCACCCAACUCACAUAUUGCGCGAACUCGUUUGCACGCGUCGGCAUGGACUUCAAGGAGCUGCUGGCCCCUCUGUUUGUCGACGCUGUGCGAAGAGGCGUGACCAAGGAGCUAGAAAAUGCUGCGAAUGGGUGGUGCGAUCUAUUGAAGUCUUCGUCACCGCCGUAUCUCGUUGCCUCAGCCGCACUCGUUGCUCCACCGCUACCAUCGCAAAUCCAGUUACAGGCAUUAGUCUCUGGGCCAGCAAAUGUACCCCCACCGAUCCUCAUCUCAUACCCACCCCUCGCAACAUACACGAACGCCGUCCUGACAGCACUGAACGGUCUACGGUUGAUGGCGCCAGUGGAGCUGCUAGAUGACUUGUCCAGCUCGCUGGAGGACGCCCUGGCGAGAGGAGGCGCGGCGUUGCUUGAAUUUGCGCGCAAACGGAAAGGUAAACUCGGGGAAAAGGACAAGAAGGAAUUAGACAGGCUCCGGGCUGCAGGGACGAUCUAUGUGACGAUAUUUGUUCCGUUCCUCCGCCGCGCGCUGGUCGAAGGCGUGUACGGGGUCGUAAUGGCGGAUGUGGAUAUGCCUACUGGGAAGGAUCUGGCAGACGUGCUGCGCGAGUGGGACGUGUGGCUCGACGGGGAGGCGGACUCGAAAACUGCGCUUGCUCCAGAUGCGAACGGGCGGUAG